UCACAACCUGUGGAUUAUUUAGUGAAAUCCGUCAAGCGUAUCAAGUUUGGACUUAACUGUUCACUGGUGACUAGAACACAUACUGAUCAUUGAUGCAAAGCUGUGAAAUAGAGUUUGGGUGAAUUUAAAACAUACUGCUUGAAAAUAAGAAUAAAACAAACAGAAGGAAAGAUGUCACAUUUUACAUUUGACAACAUGAUAGCAGACCUGACCAAACUUGAUGGCUCACUACAGAGUGGACCACCUCAAAGAUGGCGCAAGAAGGCCUCUAGUGGGCUUGAACCUGGAGGCUUGUCACCAAGACUUUCCAACAGAACACCAGGGCUGACUCCAAAUUUACCGGAUUCUGCUAAAAGUGUGAAAACGCCUGGUACUGGCAAAGCUUCAAGUAAAACUGAGGCAGCUCUUGGUGUACCGCCAAACAAGGGUCGCUGGAAAACACCGUCAAAAACACCAAAUAAAGGGGGACAACAAGAUAGGUUUAUACCAAAUAGAGUAACUUCCGACAUGGAUAUGGCUGGUUUCGCCAUUACAUGUGGCGAAGAUGAAGAGAACAUAUCUCCAUCAAAGGUAGAGUACCGGAAACAACUGGGCGAAGCCAUGAAUAUACCGGAAAAUACAAGGAUUUUGUCAUACCAAAAAAACCAACCCAAGCCAGCAGAAGGACACGCAAACAAUCUACAGGUUAUCUACAGCAAGAAGCCUUAUGAAGGGCCUGGACAGGGGUCGUCCAGGGUCAUACCUUCCGUACCCGAGAGAAUCCUUGAUGCCCCGGAACUCCUUGAUGACUACUACUUAAACUUAUUGGACUGGUCAUCAAACAAUCAUUUAUCUGUUGCCCUUGGAAGCUCUGUGUUUAUCUGGAAUGCAAGUAGUGGGAUUAUUGUACAACUGAUGACAAUGGAUGAGCCAGGCCAAUAUAUUUCAGCUGUGAAAUGGAUUGAGGAGGGAUCCAUUAUUGGUGUAGGAACCAGUCAAGGCCAUGUUGAGCUUUGGGAUGUUGCUGUGCAGAAAAGGAUAAGAUCAAUGACAGGCCAUGUUGCCAGAGUUGGCUCCCUUUCUUGGAACUCUCAUAUACUAUCAAGCGGGUCUCGUUCAGGCGUCAUUCAUCACAGUGACGUGAGGGUUGCUGACCACUGUGUGGGCGUAUUGAACAGCCACACCCAGGAUGUAUGCGGACUUUGCUGGUCACCUGAUGGAAAAUUUCUAGCCAGUGGUGGAAAUGAUAACAUACUGAAUAUCUGGAAUAAUCACCUUGGCAAUGAUGUUGCCCCACUGUUGAGUCUCACACACCACCAGGCAGCUGUGAAAGCUCUUUCUUGGUGUCCAUGGCAACCAAAUAUUCUUGCUAGUGGUGGAGGCACUGCUGACAGGCACAUUAGGAUAUGGAAUGUGAACACUGGAAGCAAUUUGUCCUCUGUUGAUGCUAAAUCUCAGGUAUGUGCUAUUUUAUGGUCAAAGGAGUAUAAAGAAUUGAUAUCAGGACAUGGCUUCUCACAAAAUCAGCUGUCCAUCUGGAAAUAUCCAGAUCUCACAAAAGUUACUGAUCUUGAAGGUCAUAAGGCUCGUGUCCUUAACCUAGCAAUGUCACCAGAUAACACUAUGGUUGCAAGUGCUGCUGCUGAUGAAACAAUACGUAUCUGGAAUUGCUUUGCUAGUGAUAAAACUAAGAAGAGUAUUUCUUCAAAACCAGGCAUACAGAAAACGGAACAUGUUCUUCUCAAGGCAUCACAUAUCAGAUAAAACCAGAUUCUGUGGUUCAAACGAUUUAUGUAGAUAAAACAAACAAUGCUUUGUGAAACACAUGAUCAAUAUAGUAUAACAAAAUAGAUAACUGUCUAUUAAAUUUGGACUUAACUGUCAGUGCUAAAAGAAACAUUUGAUUUGGCCAAAUUAAGGGCUUCUCAAAUAUUUUGUUUUAGGAAAAAAGUUGUCAGGACUUCACUAGUGAUUUGAUUUAGUCAAACAUUUCAGUGCUUAGUGAAACAUUUGUUAUGUUCAAAGCUUUAAGUGCUCUGUGACAAACUUGGUUCGAAAUAAGUGCUUUUUUGUAAACAUAUAUCCUCUUAUCUGCCACGGAAUAUUUUA